UUUCAGAUCGACCGAGCAAACGAUGCCGAAGCCGAUGCGGAUGGAGGAGAAGAUCAAAUACUUCAUGCAAGUCACUGACGCACCGUGGUCCGUCGCCGUUCGGAAAUUACAGAAACAUGGAGGCAAUCUAAGUAAAGCUCUUGAAGACUUACAUAAUCAUAUUCAUAUUACUAUUCACAUGCCGGGUGGUGGUUGCCUUCGAUGUAUCUUUGUCAAAUCUGACAAUCUUCAGGAUGUCUAUGGGUACUUAUGGCAACUUGGAUUAGGAGAAUACGCGUCUGAAUCCUAUAGACUUGAAACGCAAUUCCCAGGUCGUUGUUACAGUAUUGAAGAUGGCUGGUUAACCUUGGAUGAAUUAGGCCUUGGCAACGGUGGAGAUUUGUACCUGGAGAAGAAGAAAUAGAACUUUCUGGAUCCAGUCAUUGGUGAAACAUAAAUGUUGCAUCUUCUUGUCCUUAGUCUAAUCGCGGUUUUCACCCAUUCAGUUCUUAUAGAUUGAAGCAUUACUAAUUUGGACCACAUUGACAGAAAAGUCAUAGUCAUGGGAACAUAAUCAAGUGAUUCGGUGAAAACUAUUUUACCUACCUUUGUUCCGGUUUGGAUCAGUAACUAUCAUAGCACUUGAUGUAUAUUUAUUUUCAGCUUGAAUUGUAUUUCACUUUGGAUGGUGUUCUAUUUUUUUAUUAUCCAUUUCAUUGAUUUUGCAUCUA